AAUAACCCUCUACUAGGGUUUAUCCCCUACCUCCGCCACCCCCAAAACCUCCAUGGCCGGAGCGCCACCAAUCCCCACCACCGCCGCCGCCGCCGCCCGCCGCCUCUGCCUCCAUUUCCACAUCCCAACCACCGUCCCUCCUCACGCCCACCACUGCUCCCGCUGACCCAUGAUCACCCGCCGUGCGGCGGCGGUAGCCCUACGCGCCUCCCUGCGCCGCGCAUGCUCCUCCCACGCCGCCAACUCCGACGACCCCCUCUUUGGCCUCUUCGACGCCACCGCGCCGCACCCCGAGCCCCGCCUCCUCCCCAAAGAUUUCGCCUUUAUCAAGCACCCCGCCCCUGCGCUCCCCGCCGCCGCCCUCCCGCCCCCGGAGGCCGUCCUGAUCUCCAAGGCGGUCCGAGCCUACGGCGCCGACUUCGACGGGAAGGCGGAGCGGUUCCUGCGCCGGUACCGCGAGUUCCUGACCGACUCCCUCGUGGUCGCGGUGCUCCGGGCGGUGCGCUCCCCGGAGCUCUGCGUCAGGUUCUUCCUCUGGGCGGAGCGGCAGGUGGGGUACAGCCACACCGGCGCCUGCUACGACGCGCUCGCCGAGGUUCUGGGCUUCGAAGACCGUGCCCUGACCACCCACAGGCUGCUCAGGGAGAUUGGGGAGGAUGACCGCGAGGUGCUCGGCAGACUGCUCAAUGUGCUGGUGCGGCGGUGCUGCCGCCGCGGCCUGUGGGGCGAGGCGCUGGAGGAGGUCGGGAGGCUCAAGGACUUUGGGUACAGGCCGUCCGCGGUGACCUACAAUGCGCUGGUGCAGGUGCUCGCGAGCGCGGGGCAGGUGGAGAUGGGGUUCCGGGUGCACAAGGAGAUGUCGGCGUCGGGGUUCUGCAUGGACAGGUCCACGGUCGGAUGCUUUGCCGAGGCGCUGUGCAAGGAUGGGCGCUGGACCGAUGCGCUUGACAUGGUAGAGAGGGAGGAUUUCAAGCUCGACACGGUGCUGUGCACCCAGAUGAUCAGUGGGCUGAUGGAGGCCUCCCUCUUCAAUGAGGCGAUGUCAUUUCUUCAUAGGAUGAGGUGCAACUCGUGUAUACCGAAUGCGAUAACGUAUAGGACGCUGCUCUCGGGAUUCCUGAAAAAGAAGGAGCUUGGCUGGUGUAAGAGGAUCAUCAACAUGAUGAUGGCAGAGGGUUGCAGUCCGAAUCCUGCGUUUUUCAAUUCGCUUGUGCAUAGUUAUUGCAGUGCCGAGGAUUAUGCGUAUGCAUAUAAGCUCCUUAAUAGGAUGAAAACUUGUGGUUGCCCUCCUGGUUACGUUGUGUACAACAUAUUUAUUGGAAGUAUUUGUGGCCGAGAACAAUUGCCAAAGCCGGAGCUGUUGGAUUUGGCGGAGAAAGUUUACGAGGAGAUGCUGGUUGCUGGUUGCGUUCUUAAUAAGAUUAACACUGCCAAUUUUGUUCGGUGCCUUUGUGGUGCUGGCAAAUUUGAAAAGGCAUUUCAGAUCAUGAAGGAGAUGAUGAGGAAAGGCUUUGUUCCUGAUGCAAGCACGUACUAUAAGGUCAUCACUUUUCUGUGCCAGGCUAAUAAGGUAGACAAGGCGCUCCUUUUGUUUGAAGAGAUGAAGAGGGCGGGUGUUAAUCCAGAUGUGUACACGUACACAAUUUUGAUUGAUGGCUUUUGUAAGGCUGGUCUCAUUGAACAAGCCCGGAGCUGGUUUGAUGAAAUGACAAGUGCAGGCUGCUCACCAACUGUAGUAACGUAUACUGCAUUGCUUCAUGCUUAUCUGAAAUCUAAGCAGCUCUUGCAGGCUAAUGACAUUUUCCAUAGAAUGGUUGAUGAUGCCUGCUAUCCAAAUGCUGUUACAUACAGUGCACUAAUUGAUGGCCUCUGUAAGGCGGGCGAAGUCCAAAAGGCUUGUGAAAUCUACGCCAAGUUAAUAGGAGCUUCUGACAAUGUAGAAACUGAUUUCUACUUUGAAAACAAGGGCGUAGACACUAUUUCUCCAAAUGUUAUCACAUAUGGUGCACUCGUAGAUGGUUUGUGCAAGGCUCAAAAGGUGGCUGAUGCUCAUGAGUUGCUAGAUUCUAUGCUAUCAGCUGGCUGUGAGCCCAAUCAGAUUGUUUAUGAUGCUCUGAUUGAUGGUUUUUGCAAAGUUGGAAAAAUCGAUAAUGCUCAGGAGGUAUUUCUGAGAAUGACUAAGUGUGGUUACUUGCCUAGUGUGCAUACGUACACGUCCUUGAUUGACCGGAUGUUCAAGGAUGGAAGACUGGACCUCGCAAUGAAAGUUCUGUCUCAAAUGCUGAAGGAUUCCUGUAGUCCUAACGUUGUUACUUACACAGCUAUGGUUGAUGGGCUCUGUAAAAUAGGUGAAACAGAAAAGGCCCUAAACCUGCUGUCAUUGAUGGAAAAGAAGGGCUGCAGUCCAAAUGUUGUAACUUACACUGCGCUAAUAGACGGACUCGGGAAAGCUGGUAAAGUUGAUGCAAGUCUCAAGCUUUUUACGCAAAUGAAGACAAAAGGGUGUGCUCCCAAUUAUGUUACAUACAGAGUACUGAUAAACCAUUGUUGUGCUGUUGGUCUUUUGGAUGAUGCCCAUUUGCUGCUCGAUGAGAUGAAACAGACUCACUGGCCAAAGUAUUUGCAAGGAUACUGCAGCGCAGUUCAGGGUUUCAGCAAGAAGUUUCUCGCUUCUCUUGGUUUGCUGGAGGAGAUGGAAUCACAUGACACAGCACCGAUAGCUCAUGUUUAUGGCAUGAUCAUUGAUAGUUUUUCCAAGGCUGGUAGACUAGAGACAGCCUUGGAGUUGCACAAAGAGAUGAUGGAAGUCUCAUCACCUCUAAAUAUGACCAGCAAGGGCAUGUACACCUCAUUAAUCCAGGCACUUUGUUUAUCAUCUCAAGUUGAAGAAGCAAUUGCAUUACAUAUUGAAAUGACAAGGAGAGGUACUAUGCCAGAUUUAAGUCUGUUUGUUUGCCUCAUAAAGGGACUAAUUGCAGUGGAUAAGUGGAAUGAAGCCCUUCAGUUGUGUUAUGGCAUAUGCCAAGAGGGUGUGAAGUGGCAGGGCAACAAAUCCUUUGAUGGAGGGUAGAGCUGUGCUGCCUUACUGCCUAUAACUCCCCAUUCUCCUCUAAUGAGUCAUCUCUAAAUCUCAUAGUCUGAAACAGAAAUGUGCAACUCAUGAAUGAUUGAAGAAAAGAGUACCGGGGACAUGGAGUACCACUGCAAAGAGAUCAGCUUGAUUCAUCAACUAUAUGUUGGUAUGCAUGUUAUAUGGAUGCUGAAGGAUAUGAUGAUGAUGCUCGAAAACAUUCAGUACAUUGCAUGCAGUCAAAUUGCACUCACGGCUGGCUGGUUCGUUCAGAUGAACAAAGGAAUAUCAUUGGUUAUCAAGAUUAGUCUUUGUAUAUAAGAUGGUGACUGUUACAGAAAAGUCUUGCCAGUGGUGAAGAUACUUGAAAGUUUCAUCAUCCUUUAUUCACCAAUUUGAGUGAUGUACAUAUGGGGAGACUGGGAACAUACCAAAAAGUUACAUGGCUCUUCGUUGUAUUGAGUAGUCAGGGUGCCACUUUUGAGAUUGUAUAGGGAAUCGGUAAAUCACAUGAAUAUUUUCUGCAUUUCCUAUUGUUUCUCUUGGUAGUUGCACCAUUUAAGUGUUAAGUCUGCAUGUAAGUUCCAGUAAGCAUCAUAUCAUUUUCCAUGCGAAAAGAGAAUCUAUGCUCAUGUCAUGGCACUGAAUAGAAAUGAAAAUUUUAAAAGAAGCAAUUAUUUGCCAUGGAAUAUGCUGUGUGAUGCCCGCAGAGCAGUACUCUAACAAGUUAUUUCCGUGGUGGACAAUUUUGCGGAAAGUAAAGAGACGAAUUGUAGCGAGUGGGUAUUGCAUCACAUAUUCACACAUUUAGAUGUUAUUAUUAACUUAUGAAGGUUCUGAAGCAGACCAAUGUUCAUGACCAUUAUACUAAGGGUGAUCCGUGAUUAUCUUGGAGUGGGGUGUGAUUGUGAUGCACUCCAUAAACUAAGGUCCCAGAUUAUCAGGCAGUUCAUGCAAAAUCGCCAGUACAUUGCUCCAGAUGAUAUGAUACAUUGGGACACACCAUAUAUGUUUGCUGUUCCUGGGGUUGUGUUGACUAUCCAUUCUCUCUGAACUUAGCCUCAGCUUUCUGAAUGACACUGGGAUCUUGAAGUGAUGGCCACUACUAUCAGGCAGUUAGUGAAGAGUCAUGAACACAUUGCUGGGAACUUUGGCAACUGAGUUUAUGCUAUUAUUCCUUUAAUCUCGAGCAAUAGGCUGGACCGGUCAAAAGUGUAGCGAACAACUAGGGGAAUUUUUAGCCCCCAUUACACAAGAAUGUCGGCAUUCUCUGAGCAUUGACAUGUGACCAUGAUCUUUGACAGAAUGCUGCAAUAUAGUUGCGCCUUUUAACUGUCACUUUAGUCAGACAAAAGAAGAUUUACUGAAGAAAAAUGCGUCAAAGGUGGAUUUCUGGUGCCACAUUUAAAACCUGAGCUCAAGUUUGUGCAACAUAUCUGGCCAAAGAUCAUGACAACUAGAAGCUCGUUUGCUCUCUGUUUGUAUCUGAUUCUGUAUUAUCCUUCUUAACUGUUUCUAUCUGAUUGUUCUGAAGGAGCUAACAUGGGUGGAGAAGCAGAGUGCCAGAAGGAUUAGCUCCUUCAGAACAAGAAGACAGAAGAAUUGGCAACGCGACAGCACCCGAGAAGCAUUGCCUGCCACCCGCUGCACCCUGGGGAUUUGGUUCCAAAGCGGCUAGAUCUGAAGUUGAAGCACUGAGAUGAGCGAGAACUAAUCCAAAGCAGGCAGGUUGACCAAUAGCUCAGUCCUGCCACCCAAGUAUUUGGGUGCCUGCCUUUUCUAAGCCAAGAAGUUCAGCUCCUGGACGGGUACAUGGCGCCUCUGUCAUCUUCACCGGUGCUGCCUUGCUUUGCCUGUGUUUUUGUGUGUAAUAUUUGCCGGUGCUUCCCUCGCACUGAAAUCUUGGUUAUGCGCCCACGGUAUGUGUGUUUUGCUCCAGUGUCGAUGCUUCCCUCACACUGAAAUCUUGGUUAUGUGCCCACGGUAUGUGUGUUUUGCUCCAGUGUCGAGGCAAUGGUGCCAUUGCCGCGGAGACGUCCUUGCGUAGGAGAAAGUCCUCCUGAGCCUACGCAAGGACUCCACUGGUUGAACUUACAGGCUUCUCCGUGUCAGCGCUGGCGUGCAAACUCCGGCGAUGAGAUCAAUUGAGGAAACACGUGAAGGUCAUGGUUAUGGUAGGGAAUUAUGCAGUGAUUUUUUCAUGGAAAUAGCAACACCCCAUGUCACUUUCAGAAUGAAUUUUGGACGAAUUUGCACCAAAUUGGAAGUUCGACCAGUUGACCCCAA